UUUACUUUAGAUGUACAGAAUGUUUUGUAUUUUCUCUUAGUUAAAGUGACACUGUAUUCUCACUUUUCAGUAAUAGGGUUAAUAUUAACAGCACUGUAUCUCACCACAUUAAUCUUUAAGCAGAAAUUGGUGUUUAGAUGCUCAAAGUAGAUUUCAGAAAACUGCAGUCUUGAAACGGGCUGUGAAAGGAAAACUGGAAACCAAUGUAUCGACCUGAUCGAUCCUGAUUUGGACGAAGUUAUUCAAGCUCCUGCUUUUUGUGAAGACGUGAGGAAAUGCACGUGUCUCUGCUCAUGCGAGGACUGCUGCGGUAAACAGGUGUCAGUCUGUUCAAACCGGUGUUUGUUUCAGGAGGGUUGAGGUGGGACACCUGGUUGCCAGGGGAACCAAGUUUGGUCUUGCUCAUGUUACCAGGUUCUCCUGGUCUCUUUCUCGGUGCGUCCUCGCUGGGAACCAUAUCUCUUUUGGAAACUUUGGAUUCUCUUUUAAGGACUGGCUGAAGAUAGUUCACUUUUUGCUGAGAAUUUGCUGAAGUUUUAGGGUGUGAACUCCAGACAUUAUUGUUUAUCACAAUGGAACAUUUAGCACAAAGGCUCCUUUUUCUGUCUGUGCUGCUUCUAGCAGCGGUUCCUUUUGCACACUCACAGUCAGAUUGCUCCCAGGCUGAGUCAUGUGACCUGUGUGUUGGAGACUCCAUGCUUAACCUGACAGGCUGCGUCUGGAGGCUUUGUCCAACUGGUAACGACACAGGCAUGUGUGUCACUGAUCAGGGGGAUUCUGCUGACAAUGGCAUGAACUGCAGCUGGACCAGAGUUUCUGAACUGUGCACAGCUGUAGAGAGUGCUGCUGCCGGUGGAGACUCAGGUGGUGACAGCAGCUCCGACUCAACUUCUGAGUUUUCCCAGGCCAAGUUUGACAUGGCCAGCUUCAUAGGUGGGAUCAUACUGGUUCUGUGCCUGCAGGGUGGCGGCUUUCUCGCCAUGCGCUUCCUCAAAUCCAAAGAGCAGAGCAACUAUGACCCCAUAGAGCAGCCACAGUGAGGACAAGAUGUUUGAAGGGCAGACAGGAUGGAGGACAGCAGCAGCAGCAGCAGCAGCAGCAGCAGCAGCAGAGCGUGACUCAUCGAGUAACGACAAGAUAUUUUUGUGUUGUUGUUUUUUGAGCCCCUGUCAUUUUUGGUUUGGUGCCCUUCAUAAACCCCUGUGGGAUGGCUAUGUUUAUGAGAAACAUUUUUUCCCCUAUAUUUUGACUAUAUUUAUGCUUGUAUUUACAGUUCAUCAGUGGCUUUGAGACGUAUGCUGUGAAUAAUACACAGCUAUUGAGAACGGGUUACACAACUGUGCAGACAGUAGGUCAGAAAAAAAAGCUUCACACAUACUCUUGUUCAUAAAAGAGACAGUUUCAUGUGCGACUAAGAAGCAUUGCAAUAAAUAUUAUCUUGCUUUACAGUGGAGUUUUAAUGUUUGUGAACUGGUUUUUAUUUAUUUGUUUGUUUUAUUUAUUUAUAAUUUAUCAUCUUGCACCACAUGAUGAUAAUCAGUUGUGCGUUAGAAGACAGGACAUUCACAGGCCUUUGCAAGCUCCUUUGAAUCUAGUUUCCUGCCCCAAAGAAACUAAUUGGAAAUAAAGUUAGGCUCUCAACAAUGACUUAAGUUUUGUCAUUCUUGUUAAAACUUAACAAUUAUCAAAUCGUUCAUUUUAUUUAGAAUUGUAUUACAUUGUUAAUUUCACUAUUUUUCUUGUUUUCGUAACAGUGACACACUCUUCCUGUUUCCAAUGCAGCACAAUAAAACACCAAACCUUGAUACUACCA